AAAUACGCCGUGGACGGCAUCAACGUCUUCGCCGUCAACCUGCUGCCGCUGGUGCUGGUGACACUGGUGCUGGGUUACGUGGACAGCCACAACCGCUUGACCAGUUCCUCCGUCAAGUUCACAUUGGCUUUGCUCUCCAUCAUGCCUCUGUCCUACUACAUCGGGAUGGCCAUCGCCAGCAUCUCAGCCCAGAGCAAUUUUGCGGUGGGAGCGGUGGUGAACGCCACGUUCGGGUCCAUCACGGAGCUCACCUUCUACAUCACGGCGCUCAUCAAGGGCUCGCGCGAGGGCAACCGCUGCUAUGCCGAGAUCGUCAAGUCGGCCUUGACGGGGACCCUGGUGGGAUGCGUCCUCUUCGUCCCGGGUCUGUGCAUGGUCAUCGGGGGCAUCCGGCACCAGGAGCAACGGUUCAACAGCCGCUCGGCGGGGGUCAGCUCGGCGCUGCUCUUCCUCUCUGUGGGAGGCGUCUUUGCCCCAACGCUCUUCUCCAAGGUGUACGGGAAGCUGGUCUGUGGCGAGUGUCACAAUGUCACCCAGAACCCGCUGGGCCACUACCUCUGUCACAACUGUCACUUUGACCUGAUGGAGAACAACGGCACCCUCUACUACAGUCACGUCCAACCCCUGGUGUACACAGUGUCCCUCCUGCUCCCCGCCGCUUACCUCAUCGGGCUCUUCUUCACCCUGAAAACUCACUCGCACAUCUACGACAUCCACAUCAGCGACUGUCACAUGCCUGGUCACCACCACAGCGCUGUGGUCCACUGGUCUCGCUGGCGGGCCCUGGUCAUCCUCCUGCUCUCCACCCUCUGCAUGUCGGCCUGUGCCGACCUGGCCACGGAGCACAUCAGCCCCAUCCUCACCAACUCCACCGUCUCCCAGUACUUCAUCGGUGUCACUGUGUUGGCAAUGGUGCCUGAGCUGCCGGAGAUCGUCAAUGGCAUCCAGUUCGCCCUGCAGAACAACCUGAGCUUGAGCAUCGAGAUUGGGAACUGCAUCGCUGUCCAGGUCUGCAUGCUCCAGAUCCCCAUCCUGGUGCUCUUCACCAUCUUCUACCCGACCAACUUCACACUUGUCUUCAGCGACCUCCACGUCUACGCCAGCAUGUUCAGCGUGGUCCUCAUGAACUACAUCUUCAUGGAUGGCAAAUGCGACUACUUCCAAGGCACGGUGCUGGUGAUGGUCUACUUCAUCCUCCUGGCUGUGUACUUUUUCGCCCCAUCACCCAGUGGUUGCUGA